AUGGCGCCCCACAACGCCCGCGGCUCCCUGAACAUCAUGUUCCAGCUGGCUGUCACCAUCGGCAUCCUCGCCGCGCAGCUCAUCAACUACGGCACGCAGUACCUGCGCCCCUACGGCUGGCGCGUGUCGCUCGCGAUGGGCGCGGUGCCGGCGCUGCUGCUGACGUUCGGCGCGAUCAUCCUGCCCGACACGCCCAACAGCCUGGUGCUGCGCGGCCACAAGGAGGAGGGCCGCAGGGUGCUGCAGCGCGUGCGCGGCACCAGCCACGUCGACGUUGAGUUUGAGGACAUCUGCGAGGCCGUGAACGUGGCCAGCACCAUCAAGAACCCGUACCGCACCAUCCUGCGCCGCCGCUACUGGCCCCAGCUGUCCAUCACCAUGCUGAUCCCCAUCUUCCAGCAGCUCACAGGCAUCAACGCCAUCAUGUUCUACGCCCCCCAGCUGUUCCAGGCGACCGGCGCGUCCACCAACGCCGCCCUGAUGGCCUCCGUCGUGACCGGCUGCGUCAACGUGAUCUCCACCAUCGUCGCCAUCGUCGCCGUCGACAAGCUGGGCCGCAAGUUCCUGUUCAUCCAGGGCGGAGCCCAGAUGAUUGCCUGCGAGAUUGCGGUCGGCAUCCUCAUCCACUUCAACUUCAUGAACCCUGGCAACACCUCCAUGAGCGCGGCCAUCGUGGCGCUCAUCUGCAUCUACGUCGCCGGCUUUGCCUGGUCCUGGGGCCCCCUGGGCUGGCUGGUGCCCUCCGAGAUCCAGCCCCUGGAGACGCGCGCCGCGGGCAUGGGCAUCGCCACGCUGUGCAACUUCCUGUUCACCUUCCUCAUCGGCCAGAUCUUCCUGACCAUGCUCUGCAGCCUCAAGUUUGGCACCUUCUUCCUGUUUGCCGGCUUUGUUCUGUUGAUGACCGCGUUUGUGAUCUUCUGCGUCCCAGAGACCAAGGGCGUGCCCAUCGAGGAACUCAACGAGGUCAUCAUGCAGAAGCACUGGCUGUGGAGCCGUAUUGUGAAGGACGCCCCCAAGGGGGAUAACAAUGUUGUCAUCACCUCCACCGGCGGCAAGGGCGUCGUGUGA